CCGAGAACGGAAGCGGAAAUUCGGCCAUCUCCUCGUACAUUCAAGCUACAACAGGUUUUCAUCUCCCUACGCCCAAGGUUUUGGGACCAAAUGUUGUCACAGGAAGAAAAAGGCAAACUGAGACAUAGCACUCCGUGAAUGAGUGGCUCACAAGCCAGAAAAACGAAAAGAAAGCAAGAGGAGAGACCCUCAUUCUGCAUCAUUCUUGUGUAACAGUUCAGAUUGCAGCAGGACUCGACGGCCAGACCGUUGCCAUGUCGACCUCAUCGCUACGGCGACAAGUAAAGAACAUCGUCCACAACUAUUCAGAGGCUGAAAUCAAGGUUAGAGAGGCGACGUCCAAUGACCCCUGGGGCCCCAGCAGCUCUCUGAUGUCAGAGAUUGCUGAUCUGACCUACAAUGUUGUGGCCUUCUCGGAAAUCAUGAGCAUGGUGUGGAAGCGCCUCAAUGACCACGGCAAGAACUGGAGACAUGUGUACAAGGCUAUGACUCUUAUGGAGUACCUGAUCAAGACGGGUUCAGAACGUGUUGCCCAACAGUGCCGAGAGAACAUAUACGCAGUCCAGACCCUCAAGGAUUUCCAGUUCAUAGACAGAGACGGCAAAGACCAGGGGGUAAAUGUUAGAGAGAAAGCCAAACAGCUGGUGACACUGCUAAAAGAUGAAGAGAGACUAAGAGAGGAGAGGAUCCACGCCCUCAAAACCAAAGAGAAGAUGGCACAAACCUCCAGUGCCUCCUCAGCUCCCUCAGCACCCAGCCUGGGAGGCAGCCUGUCAGCGGGCUCCCACUCUGGGGGGGCCGACCCUGAGCAGGCGUGGCCCCAGAGCACUGGAGAGGAAGAUCUGCAACUCCAGCUGGCUCUGGCCAUGAGUAAAGAAGAGGCAGAGCAGACUAACAAGGACCCUCUGGAGGACGCAGAGCUCAGCUAUGCUAUCACACUCAGCAAAGAUGCGCAACAAAAGGAAGAGCGACUGCGCAGAGGAGACGACCUGAGACUGCAGAUGGCCCUGGAGGAGAGCAGGAGGGAAAAGAAGAAGCCGGAGGAGGGCUCUCUGAUGGAGCUGAGUGCAGGCGACCCCUGGGGGGCCGCGGGUGCUGCGGCCCCUUUGAGCUCUGCCGGCCCCUCGCCUCCACCCUCGAUUCCUGCCCCUGCUGCCUCAGGUCCUUGGGGCGCAGCUCCUGCAGACCCAUGGGGGGUUACGUCACCCACAUCCCCUACAAGCUCUGACCCCUGGGGUGGGGGAGCUCCACCCAAUAUAGCCCUUCCCCCUGACCCCUGGGGAGAGACGUCCAACAGAGUUAACAACGUUGACCCCUGGGCGAGUUCAGCUGUGACCCCCCCCAGUGCCGACCCCUGGGGCCCCCCGGUGCCACCCAGCACAUCCUCCUCGGGGGGGCCCGUAGACCCCUGGGCAGGUGAAGGGGCUCUCCCUGCCUCUGACCUUAUAACCUCCGACAUCUGGAGUGGCACCGCCCUACACACAAACGGCACAGGAGACCCGGAGCGAUGGGGGUCCCCGGCAAUAGGCUGUAACAGCACAGGCUCCCCGGUGCCCUUUGACCUGUCAUCUCUUGGUUCUUCACUUCCUGUUCGUAAGACUCCCGAGUCCUUCCUCGGCCCCAACGCAGCGCUGGUGGAUCUCGACUCUCUCUUGUCAUCUAAACCCAAACCCAAACAGCCACCGCCCCCUUCCAUCUCUUCCUCUUCAGCGCACAACCCCUUUCUCCAGAACACAGGCUCAUCUCCUGCUCCUGGCAUGGCAGUGACUCCAGGCAGCACCAUUUCCAGUCGGGGGGUUUCUCCAAUACCUGCCUGCUCCAACCCGUUUGGCGUGGCCCCCCCCAUGAGCUCCAUCUCACCUCAGCCCUCCUCACUUGGCCUGAGCCUCCGCUCCAGUCCUGUGCCCCCCAACCCCAUGCUGAGCAUGAUGCAACCAGGAAUGGGCAUGGGGCCAAUGACUGUGGGUAUGGGGGCUCCAGGGAUGGGCAUGGGCAUGAUGCAGGCCAGCCCCAUGGGCAUGCCCUUCAGCGGCCUCUCGCCUAUGGCCCCCCCAGGCUCGGUUUUUAUGGGGCACGGAGGCGGACCACCUCCUCAGCUGAUUUUGGGUGGGCCAAGUGGAUCCGGAGUGAUGGGGGCAGGAGGGUCAGUGGGAGGCGGAGGAACGACGGGAGCGAGCACCAACCCUUUCCUUCUUUGAGGAAGUGUCACCACUACUUUGCUCACCAGUUUCAACCUCCCCUGUCGUACCUGCUGCCCCCUUCACCCCCCCCCCCCCCCUUCAACACAGUUUGUGUCCAAAAAGAAAAAUGUGUACAUUUCUAUAUUUAAAGAAAAAAACUAAAAAUUUAAAAAUUAUGUUUAUCUUUUCCUUCAAAAGCAUUAUUUCAUUUCAGAAUAAUUUUCCACAUUUAGUUCCUUUCAUUACAGUAUGGGUUGUUUGUGGGCGGGAAAUAGAGAUCUAUUUAUUUUUGUUUUAAUCCUGUGCCGUUCUGUAGCGUUCUUCAUGUUGUGUUAUUUUCAGUCCUGUCUUGAGAUGAAGGUAAGUCUGUGAGCAGAGGCGUUUUCAGUUAUCACUCUGAAAUAUUACUGCACUGACAGAGAGCUGGAGAGAGAGCAGACAUAGCCACUAACUGAACAGAGAAACUGUUGCACCUUUCUCUCUCUCUCUCUCUCUCUCUCUUUCUCUCUCUCUCUCUCGCUCUCUCUCUCUCUCUCUCUCUUUCUCUCUCUCUCGAAUGAAGAUAAACACUGAAUCACUGAAAGGAAAAAUGUGCAUGAAGGAUGAUUUUUAAUGAACUCCAAUACAGACUGGAAAUCCUGCAUUAGCAUUUCAGGCACAAUGUGGUCAAAUUGUUUCAACUCUUUUACUUUUAAUUUAAUAUUAAAUGUAAUUUAUUUUGUUUCCAAUUUUUGGGAACAAAUUAACAAGAAAAUCACACGACGAUGCCAUUUAAAUCAAAUGCUUAUUUUUCCCCUUCAUUUUAUUGGAGAAAACUAAAGAGAGCUCGGACCUCUGUGGUCUGAUGGGCGAAGUGAUGGGAUGUUUGUUGAAUGUGUGUGUUUGCAGCCAGGUGCGAAUGAGAAAAUGAAUGCUCAUUUGUGAGUAUGCAAUAGUGCAAAUGCCUGUUUCUGUGUAUAUGUGUCAAUAUCUGUCUCCAUUCUUAUUUCAGUGACUCAGAAAGCAAGAAAUGACAUCCAUUAUUUUUGUUUUAAAAAAUUGUCACUUGUAUUAAUACUAUGUAAUGUUGGGAUUUCAGAUGAGGUAUAAGGGUCACACAUUUCUCUGCCAAUCAUAUUUCACUUUUUUGUUUGUUAAUCAGAAGCAUUAGUUUUUCCAAUCACACAUUUCAUAUGGGACCCCUGGUGUCCAGGUGUCCCAGAGCUACACUGUCCACCCGUUUCAGCCCUGUCUUCGGAGAGGGAGAGUACUGAUGCUUCUUAAAAAAAAAAAGACAAUUAUUUCAAUGAAUGAAAGAAAAAAACUUGGACUUGAUGACAUGCUCCAUGCUGUUCUUUUAAUUUAGUUUGAUGAAUUAAUUGUUAUUUUAUAUCAACAAGAAAAAUAUCUUUUAUUGGGUAAGGUUGACUUUUGUGUGGUGAUGACUGUGAACAUUCACAUUUGAAAAGUAAAAUGGAAAAAAAAUCAAAAGGAAUUUACGAAAUAAAACAAAAACACUUUAUGUGUUUGGCUUGUUU